UUCGCUCAGUUGCGACUUGAGCUUUGGAAGUAUUACACACAAUCGCAUCCAAACGGUCCACAUAUCGAAAUAACAAAUGACUGUAACUGCACCGGAAUGGGUAAACCAACAGCUUUUCAGUGAUUUACUGAAACAGAAUUACGCAGAUUUUGAUACAAUACAAAAAUUUGAGUGCACUUCAGCGAUCAGUGGAGGGGAAAACUACUUGACGAUUGUGUUGAGAAUCAGCAUUGAAAUGCGACUGAGAGAUGACAGCAGCAAAGCGGAGAGCUACAUACUGAAAAUUCCAUUGGUCAAUGAUCGUGGCGAUGAGCACGACUUUCAUGAAUUGUUUAUCGCUGAGGCUGAUAUGUACGAGCGUUUGGUGCCCGAGCUCGAGCAGUUGUAUGCCAAGCAUACAGAGCUCUCUGUGAGAUUCAAGCCCGCUCAUCUGAAGUUCGAGAACCCGCCCAACUGUGACUAUAUAUUGAUGGAAGACUUGCGCUCGCAGGGCUACAUAAAUCUCGAGCGUAUGAUAGGCCUGGGACAAACGGAAAUCAAGGCCGUGCUUAAGAAAUUAGCCCAAUGGCAUGCAGCCUCCGCUCAAAGAGUCGUCGAGCUGGGCGACUAUGAAGAAACCUAUCAGAAAAGUUAUAUGUCAGAGGAGUGCCUAAAAUGGAUCGAGCAAUCGAAUAUAACAUUCAAUGUGCCCUUUUUGGAGUGCAUGCAGCAGUAUUACGAGCUAGAGCCUGGUCAACAGCAGUUGAUAACCAAUUACACGGAUCGCCGGACAGAUCUGUAUUUGGAUUUUGGUCGUGUAAACAAAUCCGAGCUUAAUGUGCUUAAUCAUGGAGAUUUCUGGUGCAAUAAUUUCCUCUUUCAACUGAAUGCAGGCGAGAUCAAGGAUAUUUGCUUUGUGGAUUUUCAAUUGCCAAAAUAUGGUACACCGGCUCACGACUUGUUCUGUUUGUUGAUGACAACACCUAAUAUACACAUUAAAUUGGAGAAAUUCGAUGAUUUCAUAGAGUAUUAUCACGAAGAGCUUAUUGCGCAUCUGAAGUUGUUCAAGUAUGCUAAGAAAAUGCCGACAUUGACGGAAUUACAUGAGAAUCUACGACGGCACAGUCUCUGGGCAUUUGUAUGCGCUCAACGAAUGCUUCCCGUAACGCUGUUUCCCCCCAGUCCUGACUCAAAUGUUACGAAUUUUAUGGGCGACUCAGAGACGGCUUUGGACUUUAAGCGUAAAAUGUUCACAAAUCCCAGCUUUGUGAAGCAAAUUAAGCUUAUAUUACCUUGGCUUAUUCAAAGAGGCUAUGUUAACUAAGUUCUUCCACAGAAGUCACAUUGACGACUACUGAUUUGUCUUUGUUUGAAAAUCUUGAAAAAUGUCGUCGAGUAGUCAAACAACCACAACAAAUGAUACAAGCGUCGAGAUACCCGAAUGGGUGAAGGCGGAACUUUUUGAGCAGUUGUUGAAGGAUACAUUGAAAGACUUUCGAAAUAUCCGAUCAUUUAAGGCGAUGCCUGGCACAAAACCCGGUGAUAAUUAUGCAACGGUUAUGCUACGUAUAGAACUUGAAGUGCAACUAAAAGGUCAGUGAGAUUUACAGCUAAGAUCUAUAAUCAAAUGAAAGGCUCUAAAUCAAAAUGUAUAUACAUAAUCUUUCAAGAUAGCACAGUAAAAUCCAUUUCGUACAUGCUAAAAGUACCACUAACAUCUGAGGAAUAUCAUUCAACUUGUGGAAAGAACAAGUUCAGCGUGUUCGACAUCGAACGGGACAUGUUCAUGAUAUAUGUGGAAGAGUUCAUAGAGCUGC